GCUACCGAUCCCUCUCCCCGCCACUGACGCUCUCCGCCGCUAGAAGAGCCCGGCUCCCCGCGCCCGCCUCCCCCGCCCGCCCAGCCCCGGCCCGCAGCACCGCUACCUCCGCCAGCUUCGCCACCAUCAGCACCACCUCCACCGCCACCGCCACCGCCGGCGGCGGCAGCAGCCAUUUCAUCUCCACAGAAACCAGACACAAAAACAUGGCAGAAAUGGAGAAAGAAGGGAGACCUCCGGAAAAUAAACGGAGCAGGAAACCGGCUCACCCCGUGAAAAGGGAGAUCAAUGAGGAAAUGAAGAACUUUGCAGAAAACACCAUGAAUGAACUCCUUGGCUGGUAUGGCUAUGAUAAGGUUGAAUUAAAAGAUGGUGAAGAUAUUGAAUUCAGGAGCUACCCUACAGAUGGGGAGAGCCGGCAGCACAUUUCUGUUCUCAAAGAAAAUUCUUUGCCAAAACCAAAAUUACCCGAGGACAGUGUUAUUUCACCAUACAAUAUAAGCACAGGCUAUUCAGGGCUUGCCACUGGAAAUGGACUCAGUGACUCACCUGCAGGGUCAAAGGAUCAUGGCAAUGUGCCCAUUAUUGUACCUUUAAUUCCGCCACCUUUCAUAAAGCCACCAGCAGAAGAUGAUGUGUCAAAUGUACAAAUAAUGUGUGCCUGGUGCCAGAAAGUGGGAAUCAAGCGCUAUUCCCUGAGUAUGGGAAGCGAGGUGAAAAGCUUCUGCAGCGAGAAAUGCUUUGCGGCCUGCCGGCGAGCCUACUUCAAGAGGAACAAGGCUAGAGAUGAAGAUGGACAUGCUGAAAAUUUUCCCCAGCAGCACUAUGCUAAGGAAACUCCAAGGCUUGCCUUCAAGAAUAACUGCGAACUACUUGUAUGUGACUGGUGUAAGCACAUAAGACACACAAAAGAAUACCUGGAUUUUGGGGACGGGGAAAGAAGGCUUCAGUUCUGCAGUGCAAAAUGUCUCAAUCAAUACAAAAUGGACAUUUUCUACAAAGAGACACAGGCCAAUCUUCCAGCUGGGCUGUGCAGUACAUUACACCCUCCCAUGGAAAAUAAAGCAGAAGGCACCGGGGUGCAGCUGCUCACGCCAGACUCUUGGAAUAUCCCGCUGACAGAUGCUCGGAGGAAGGCCCCCUCCCCGGUGGCUGCAGCUGGCCAAAGCCAGGGCCCUGGCCCAUCGGCGUCCACCACCGUCUCUCCAUCUGACACUGCCAACUGCUCUGUCACUAAAAUCCCCACGCCAGUGCCCAAGUCCAUCCCCAUCAGCGAGACUCCAAACAUCCCUCCUGUCUCCGUCCAGCCGCCCGCUAGCAUCGGACCUCCCCUCGGCGUCCCGCCGCGCAGCCCUCCUAUGGUGAUGACCAACCGCGGCCCGGUGCCGCUGCCCAUCUUCAUGGAGCAGCAGAUCAUGCAGCAGAUCCGCCCGCCCUUCAUCCGCGGGCCCCCGCACCACGCCUCCAACCCCAACAGCCCUCUGUCCAACCCCAUGCUGCCUGGCAUCGGGCCCCCGCCCGGCGGCCCCAGGAACCUGGGCCCCACCUCCAGCCCCAUGCACCGGCCCAUGCUGUCGCCCCACAUCCACGCCCCGAGCACCCCCACCAUGCCCGGGAACCCCCCGGGCCUGCUGCCCCCGCCGCCCCCGGGCGCGCCCCUGCCAAGUCUUCCCUUCCCGCCGGUGAGCAUGAUGCCCAACGGCCCGAUGCCGGUGCCCCAGAUGAUGAAUUUCGGGCUGCCGUCGCUCGCCCCGCUGGUGCCGCCCCCCACCCUGCUCGUGCCGUACCCGGUGAUCGUGCCCCUGCCCGUGCCCAUCCCCAUCCCCAUCCCCAUCCCGCACGUCAAUGAUUCCAAGCCCCCCAACGGGUUCUCCAGCAACGGGGAGAACUUCAUUCCCAGCGCCCCCGGCGACUCCUCGGCGGCGGCGGGCGGCAAGGCCGGCGGACGCUCCCUGUCGCCCCGGGACUCCAAGCAGGGCUCGUCCAAGUCGGCGGACUCGCCGCCCGGAUGCUCGGGCCAAGGGCGCAGAGCCGCCCCCGGAGCAGCCGCCGCCGCCGCCGCCGCCACCGCCCAAGAAGCUGCUGUCGCCCGAGGAGCCGGCGGUGAGCGAGCUGGAGUCGGUCAAGGAGAACAACUGUGCUUCCAACUGCCACCUGGACGGGGAGGCGGCCAAGAAGCUGGUGGGGGAGGAGGCCCUGGCGGGGGGCGACAAGUCGGACCCGAACCUUAAUAACCCCGCGGACGAGGACCACGCCUAUGCUCUGCGGAUGCUGCCCAAGACCGGCUGCGUGAUCCAGCCUGUGCCAAAACCCGCGGAGAAGACUGCCAUGGCCCCGUGCAUCAUCUCCUCGCCCAUGCUCGCCGGGCCCGACGACCUGGAGCCGCCGCUCAAACGGAGGUGCCUCCGAAUUAGAAAUCAGAAUAAGUAAAAGGAACGCUCACUCCCAGGGUACCUUGCAUGGAGAGAGGGCACGGAGCAAACUAUGUCACGCCAUCCAAUGACACCAGCUGGUCAGCUCA